AUGGGGUUAUCUAAGAAGCGGUCGAGGAAAACAAGUAGAGACAGUGACAGCGAAAAUAAUUCUGAAGAUUUUGAUGAUAUGGAAAGCGAGCAGCUUGCUGCAAUGGAAGAUUAUGACGUGGAUGAGGAUGAGGAUGAGGAUGAUGAUGAGGAGGAGGAUGGGGAUGAAGAAGAAGGAGAGGAAGAGGAGGAGGAGGAGGAGGAUGCGGAUGAAGAAGAAGGAGACGAAGAAGAGGAGGAGAACGAUGAGAAGAAUGAGAGGGUAAAAGAUGGUGAGAUGGAAGACCUCGAGAAAGAAUAUAGGAAUCUUCGCAAUCAAGAGCAAGACAUAUGGAAGAAUCUUAAACGCCACAAAGGUGAAGAUCUUGUUAAAGGUCAAGCAGUGAAGAACCAAAAGGCUCUCUGGGACAAAACUCUUGAGUUCAGAUUCUUACUUCAAAAAGCAUUUGCAAACUCAAACAGAUUACCACAGGAACCAGUUAGGUCUUCAUUUUGUGAUUCAGAUGAAGUAGUCGGCACGGCAUAUGCUGACGUGAUUACCUCAUCCAAGGAGACUUUGGAAUCUCUACUGGAGCUACAGGAGGCUUUGCUCGUGAAGAAUCCAUCUAUUUCUCAAUCUUCUGAUGGUGUUAUUCUUAUUGUUCUAGGAAAAGAGGCAGCUUCCAUCUCCUCUCAGUGUGAUUCUGGACAAGUUGCUAAUAAGCAUUCAAAAGAUUCUACAAACUCGGAUGCAGAAGAGGAUAUAGAUUGGUUAAGAAUCUCUCAAAUGCAAAAGAGAAUAGCUCCUUUCAGAAACAAAUCGAUAGAUAAAUGGCAGAGAAAGACACAGAUGACAACUGGUGCUGCUGCAAUUAAAGGAAAAUUGCAGGCUUUUAAUCAGAAUAUCAGUGAACAAGUUGCUGGUUACAUGAGGGAUCCAACUAAAAUGGUUAAGCAAAUGCAACAAAGAAGAUCAACUGUUGGUGUUUUUGGAGCUGUUCCUGAGUUGAUGGGCAAUGCCAAGGGAGAGGAAGGAUAUCCUGAUGGUGACCCAGAACUUUUAAAUGACGCUGAAUUUUAUCAGCAGUUGUUGAAGGAAUUUUUUGAGACUGUCGAUCCCUCAUCCACUGAGGCGGCCUUUUAUGCUCUAAAAAGAUUGCAAACUAAGAAGAGAAAGAUUGUUGAUCGGCGUGCUUCAAAAAGUCGAAAAAUCAGGUAUAAUGUCCAUGAAAGGAUUGUCAAUUUCAUGGCUCCUCGGCCCAUGAACAUACCUCCCAUGGCCCCUAAAUUAUUUGAGAAUUUGUUUGGAUUGAAGACCCAGAAACCUACCUCUGUCGAUUCGUAA